AUGCGCAAAUCAGAAUCGCCCAUAGUGCCGCCGCCCAAUGACGUAACACCUUACUAUUCGGUACAAAGUGUCGAUUCGCGCACGGAUAGAUCAGAUCCACGGAUAUUUCUAUCCGCUCUACCGCCAACACCACAACCUUCACCAGUGCAAUACACCAUCAAAAGAAACCAAGCAUCAGCUUCAACUAGCACAGAAACACCUGCAAAGCCAAUUACUGCAGAAUUUGCCGCACAGACAUCUAGUGUUGAAGAAUUUAAGCAGCCAGGCACAGAGUUUGGCAUGCAAACAUCGGCAAGUCUUGCUGAGGGUGAUAAAUCGAACCAGACUAACAACGAGCAGGAAGACAUGAGUGUACCCACACCCGCAAAAACUGUUAAAUACAGUACAGUAGACGAAGCUGAGAGUAAUAUCACUGAAGCAUCAGCUGAUCGCGCUGAAACGCAUUCAUCGGCAAGCCAAUUUCAUGUAUAUGAUAGAGAGCCAGACUCCGCCGCGGAGGCUGGACGAGUCAAAAAGUUAAAGAAACUACGGCAUAAAACAUCCACGCCAUCUAGUAUUGAGUCCUCGUUUAUAAGUACUCAUCGAUUUUCAGCACAACCUAAUGAUGCAUGGAAAGAAUCAAAUGAGGAGGCCAGCCUUGAGAGUCAGGCUUACAAAUACUUUGCUGAUGACCCCAGUGCAAAUAGAUAUGACAAACGAACGAGAGGUAGUGAACCGCCAUUAACCAACCGAAAUGAUCCGAACGAAAUGCCAAUGCAAGGCUGGGAUGAGUUAAAUCAACCAAAGCUAAGUGUUGGGAGCGUCAAGCGCGCUGGCAGUUCUUCAUCAUUAUCGAGUGAACCGUAUUUAGAGGCUGGUUUCCCCACCAACUUGGAACUAGGCGAUGGAUUUCUCUAUAUGACAAUACCACCGGAUGGCGGCUAUGGCUGGUUUAUUGUGCUUAUCUCCUUUUUCUGUCAGGUCAUAGUGGAUGGCAUAAUUUUCUCUGUCGGCAUAUUACUGCCCUACAUUGCCGAAGAUCUGGGCGAGACACAGACUGCUAUCGUGCUUGUGGCUUCAAUACAAGUUGGUUGCUAUUUUCUUGCAGGUCCGGUGGCUAGCGCAUUUAUCAAUAAGUACGGCUUUCGCGUGGUGGCUUUGCUGGGUGCCAUCUGUUCAAUUGUUUUCAUAUUGAUCGGUACCUGCAGUUAUAACAUGGCAAUGUUGAUAGUGUUCUACAGCGUGCUCGGUGGUCCAUCGCUUAGCUUAAUUUGGGUUUCCUCACAACUCAUCAUCGGCUAUUAUUUCGAACGAUAUCGUCCCAUUGCCAACGGUGUCUCGUGCGCGGGUGCUGGUGCUGGCAUCUUGAUAUUCUCCUUUAUGAAUGCGCAAAUUUGUCCGGAAAUUGGUUGGCGUAAUACGUCGCGUAUACAUACGGCAAUGCUGUUGCUUGUUCUCAUAAUGGGUAUCACAUUUAUUGAGGUUACGCCGACGCGUAUCGCAACGGUGAAGAAAGACGAAAAGUCGUCUUCUUCAAGUGAGGAAAUAAUGUCAGUGCCCUUUAGCCAGAUACGUUACUCACGGUAUCAGCAGUCGGUCACUGUAAAACCAACAUCUUACGAAAGGGGUCUGGAGCAGAUGGUUGAGGAGUAUGAUCCAGAAAGGGUUACAAAAAUAGAAAAACUCUGUCCCUGCUGCUUUCCAACACGACCAAAGACGCGUAGAAAAACCGCUGAAACCUUACCCAGUAUUGCAGAAGAACCAGAUGUGGAGCCCGAUGCAGAACAAGAAGCUGAAAAACGGCAUUUCCUAGUACGUAUAGAUCCCAUCGAACGAGAAGACCUCUUUUAUACAGGUGCUGCUGCUUACGAUAGUGACCCCGAAGUAAAUACGCGGCGCACAACCAAUCAUUUAAUCGAUAUAGAUCAUCGGCGGGCCAGAACCAUCAAUUAUUCGCUAUCGGUUACACGCUCGCAGCGUUCAUACCAACAGGCGAAACGGCGUACACUUUCCGAACUGCGAAAUCGUCAUAAAUGGCCUUUUUUGGCUUACAUAUCACCGACUAAUUGGAUGCCACCGAAGUUGCUGAAUGCAUUUGCCCGGCUUUUCGACAUGAAUAUGCUGAAGAUUAUGGAAUUUCGCAUACUACUAUUGUCGGCCUUCUUCUUUCCAAUGGGCUUCAAUAUACCCUUUGUGUACUCGAAGACGCGUGCGGAAGUGGAUCCCUUCAAUGCGAGCCUCAUUUCACCCACCAUUGGUUUGUCCAAUUUUGUCUUUCGCAUUUUAUCCGGCUUUGCUGCCAAUAAAUAUCGCUCACAGACCACUUUUUUGUGUGGUGGUGGUAUUGUCUUCGGCGGCGUAGCGACAUUGGCGAGCGCCUUUUAUGGCGAAGAUGUUGUCUGGUUUCAAUAUACAUAUGCCGCUUGUUAUGGUGUGGCGCCAGCCUUCUUCUCCACGCUGCGCGCCAUCAUUUAUGUGCGUGCUUUAGGUUUGGAUAAGCUCACUAAUGCAUUUGGUCUCACCGGUUUGGCUAUGGGUUUGGGUGUAUUUCUGGGUACCACCACCGCUGCGAUACUGAACGGCGUGACGCACCGUUAUAACGCCGCUUUUGCAUUCUCGGGCUUCUGCUUGAUUACGGCGGGUGUGCUGAAAUUGAUUUUGCCGUCUUUGAUGCGAUACAGAGCGAAACGCUUAAAUAAUUCUUAA